CGGCCGAAAUCCUUUUGUACUUCCUGGUCUGCGGCUGGAAGAAUGACGCGUAACUAAGUUGGCUGGUUUCUGGUUCUUUUAGAAGCACCUGAACAAUUUAGUAUAAACAAGCACGUCGUGGGGGAUUUUGUAGUUUAUUUAAUUUAUUCUGGGGCGUUGAAAACCGCGUACUUGUGGGAUGGGGAAUGCCCGGUUGAUGGGCUGUUAGGUGCACGUUUUAAGUUUACGGCAUACAAACUGUCACUCUGCACUGAGUUACAGAUGUCUUCCUGGUGGCAUGGGCUACUAAGGAGCGUGUAACUUAAAAUGUGAUUCACAUGUUCUGCAUUGAUUUAGUAGUAAUUUCUCGAGUGUGUAAAUUAUUUUAUGAUGCAUUCCUGCAGCCAGAUGUGUGCAUAUUCGUUAAUAGUACUGUAUGCCUUGCCACUCUUGCAGUUUGCACAUGGAUAUAACGUUUAUUUUUCUCUGUACGUAUGUGAAGUAGCACGCAGUAGGGCAAUCGCUGUUUAAAGUUUUAUUUUUUCUUGCUGGUGUUUGCUGCCCUUUUCAGUCCAUUUGUGAGUUAGCUCCAGCUGAAUAGCUAUCUUCACACACGCAUAAUUUUGUUAUGCUCACACAUGGGUGCGCAUUUUCUUAACCAGCUGCUUGGCAUAGUUUCCUUACCAUGGGUUUGCUCUGGGUUUGUUUGGUAAUUGCUGUCCCCUUGUCUGUCAGCUACAUGAACGCAGUGGGCAUUACGAAGGAGGACAUGCCACAUUACAGGGAAAGAGUUAAAUCCAUGUUCUACCAUGCAUACAAUAGUUACCUAGACAAUGCCUUUCCUUAUGAUGAACUGCGACCUUUGACAUGUGAUGGACAUGACACAUGGGGCAGUUUUUCUCUUACUCUUAUUGAUGCCUUGGACACACUUUUGGUUUUAGGAAACAAAACUGAAUUUCAGAGGGUUGUGCAACUGCUGGAGAAUACUUUGGAUUUUAACAUCAAUGUUAAUGCCUCUGUGUUCGAAACAAACAUUAGAGUGGUUGGAGGUUUAUUGUCAGCUCACUUACUUUCCAAGAAAGCUGGAGUUGAAGUGGACACUGGGUGGCCGUGUACUGGACCUCUUCUCCAAAUGGCUGAAGCAGCAGCUCGAAAACUUUUACCAGCUUUCCAUACCCCCACAGGAAUGCCAUAUGGGACGGUCAACCUGAUGUAUGGCGUGAAUCCAUCUGAAACACCAGUCACAUGUACUGCUGGUAUUGGUACAUUUAUACUAGAAUUUGCUGCACUGAGUCGGUUGACUGGGGACCCAGUUUUUGAAAACACAGCUCGGAAAGCCCUUAAUGAGUUAUGGAAAUGCCGUUCUGAUAUUGGUCUGGUGGGGAAUCACAUUGAUGUGGUAAGUUCCAAAUGGGUGGCCCAGGAUGCUGGCAUAGGAGCUGGAGUGGAUUCAUACUUUGAAUAUCUGGUGAAAGGUGCCAUUCUUUUACAAGAUGAAAAACUCAUGGCAAUGUUUUUAGAAUAUAACAAAGUCAUCCAGAACUACACCAAGUUUGAUGACUGGUACUUGUGGGUUCAGAUGCACAAAGGAACAGUCUCUAUGCCCAUCUUUCAGUCUCUUGAUUCUUACUGGCCUGGUUUGCAGAGCCUUAUUGGAGAUGUAGACAAUGCAGUGAAAACAUUUCUCAAUUACUAUACAGUCUGGAAGCAGUUUGGAGGUCUGCCCGAAUUUUACAGCAUUCCGCACAGCUAUACAGUUGAUAAGCGAGAAGGAUAUCCUCUGCGGCCAGAACUGAUAGAAAGUGCAAUGUACUUGUAUCGAGCAACUGGGGACCCUAUCCUUUUAGAACUGGGUAGAGAUGCUGUAGAGUCCAUUGAAAAGAUCUGUAAAGUGGAGUGUGGCUAUGCAAGUAUUAAGGACCUGAGAGACCACAGACUGGAUAAUCGCAUGGAAUCAUUUUUUCUUGCUGAAACUGUAAAAUACUUGUAUCUCCUUUUUGACCCAGACAACUUCUUGCAUAAUGAUGGUUCAGCCUUUGACACUGUUAGCACACCUUAUGGAGAAUGCGUCAUUGAUGCAGGUGGCUAUAUCUUUAACACAGAAGCCCAUCCUUUAGACCCGGCUGCCCUGCACUGCUGCAGCCAACACCGCAGUGAGCGCUGGGAGGUAGAAGACCUAAUACAACAGUUUUAUUCCUCACGUACUGGCAUGAACAAGCCAACUACCACAAAAGAAAAAAAUGUGCAGACAAUGAAACAAAAGAAGGAAGAUCAAGACAUUAGUGCCACAUUUCAGAAGCACAGAAACAAGAGAUCUCCUGCACCCCUGAGCUGCCCAGCUCAGUCAUUUACUGCUAGACUUGCAAUAAUGGGUCAAGUAUUCUUAGAUAAUAGAUAGUAUUCUGUUAAAUUAAUAUGACUGUAUUUGAUUUUCUGUUGUAAUAAAUUUAAAUUUUCUUUUAAUUAUCA